CGAGAAGGCAAGCAAUGGUAGUAAGUUGGGCUACGCUCUCCUGCCCUGACAAGGGUUCUCAGCCUGUGGCCAGCUUGUCUUUGUUUUAAGGGCAAUUGUGAUGCUAGGAAGGUGUUAGAGGCAUGUGAGCACUAAGCAGACUGUCUCCUCCACGGAAAGGAAGUGUAAGGGAGACUCAAUUUCCCUCUCCAUAAUCUAAGCCACCGAGAACACCCCCUCUCCCCCAGGGACACCGGGUCUUGGCCGCCCUUUCCUGGUCUGAGGUCGGCCGUUCUGAGUGCAUAUAUCCCUCCUGCAGACACUUCACCUCUGGAAGCCAGAAUGGAGGUCCUGAAGGAGAAAGUAGAGGAGGAGGAGGCUGCCGAGCGGGAGGACGCGGCGGAGAGGGGCGAGAAGAUGGCCAAGCCACCACCGGAGAUUCGGAAGGAGGAAACCCCCAUGACGCAGGAGAUGCUCAGAGACCUGGAGAAGAAGCUGUCGGAUAUGGAGAUCGCCAUCCCGGAUAUGAUCAUUACCAAGGACACCAAGGUCACCGUCGACACCUCCAUGCUGCCCGCCUCCUACCAAAGCAACACGCCCAAGGAGGAGCACCUGCUGCAGGUGGCAGACAACUUCUCCUGCCAGUAUAGCCACCUGUGCCCGGACCGCGUGCCCCUCUUCCUGUACCCGCUGAACGAGUGCGAAGUGCCCAAGUUCGUGAGCACAACCAUCCGGCCCACACUGAUGCCCUACACCGAGCUCUACAACUGGGACAGCUGCGCCCAGUUCGUUGCGGACUUCCUCUCCAUGGAGCCCCUGGCCGACCCUCUCAAGCCGCCCACGCACCUGUACUCCCCGACCACGGUGCUCAAGUACCAGAGGGGCAACUGCUUCGACUUCAGCACCCUGCUCUGCUCCAUGCUCAUCGGCGCCGGCUACGAUGCCUACUGCGUCAACGGCUACGGCUCCCAGGACCUGUGCUUCAUGGACCUGACCCGGGAGGUGUGCCCGCUCACCAUGAAGUCCAAGACGACAGUCCAGAGGAAGCAAGUGGCGCCACCUAAGAAGUACGCCGUCAAACCCCCCAGGGACCUGACCAGCAGGUACGAGCAGGACCAGGAGAGGAAGAAGCAGGAAAAGAUCAAAGCUGAGGAGGAGAAGCGGCUGAAGGAGGAAGAGGAGCGCCUCCAGGAGGCGGAGAAUGCGAAACCCGACCCCCUGUACGGCCUGCGGGUGCACUCGUGGGUGCUGGUGUUGUCGGGGAAGCGCGAGGUGCCCGAGAGCUUUUUCAUUGACCCUUUAACGGCACGCAGCUACAGCACCCAGGACGACCACUUCCUGGGCAUCGAGAGCCUGUGGAACCACAAGAACUACUGGGUCAACAUGCAGGACUGUUGGAACUGCUGCAAGGACUUGAUCUUUGACCUGGGAGACCCUGUGAGGUGGGAGUACCUGCUUCUGGGGACCGAUAAGCCUCACCUAUCGAUCCUGGAUGAUGAUGAUGAUAACCUGGUUGAUGAUGAUGACGUAGAAAACCUGGGCAAGGAGGAUGAGGAUAAGGGCUUCGACAUGCCGCACUCCUGGGUGGAGCCCAUCGAGAUCUCCUCCGAAGCGUUCGAGACCCGCUGCCCAAACGGGAUGAAGGUGAUCCACUACAAGAGGGCCAAGCUGGAGAAGUGGGCCCCGUACCUCAACAGCAACGGCCUCAUGUCCCGCCUCAGCACCUACGAGGACUUGGAGUGCACCAAGUUGCUGGAGAUGAAGGAGUGGUACCAGAACCGGGAGGACAUGCUGGAGCUGAGGCACAUACACAAGGACACGGGCCUAAUCAUUGACUACUUCAAGCCAGGCCAUCCCCAGGCUCUGCGUGUGCACUCCUACAGGUCCAUGCAACCCGAGAACGACCGCGUCAUGGAGUUCUACGAAAAGGCCCGCGUGGACGGCCUGAUAAAGCGGGAGGAGACGCCCAAGUCGAUGACCGAGCACUACCAAGGGCGGCCCGACUUCCUCGCCUACCGCCAUGUCACGUACGGGUCCAGGGUCAAGAAGGUCACGCUGAGCAGCGCAGAGUCCAACCCCCGGCCUAUGAUGAAAAUCACGGAGCGCUUCUUCCGCAACCCGGCCCAGCCCGCGGAUGAGGACGUGGAGGAGCGCGUGUUUCUGAUCUCCGAGGAGCGCAUCCAGCUGCGCUACCACUGCCGCGAGGACCACAUCACGGCCUCGCGGCGCGAGUUCCUGCGGCGCACCGAGGUGGACAGCAAGGGCAACAAGAUCAUCAUGACCCCCGAUAUGUGUCUUAGCUACGAGGUGGAGCCCAUGGAGCACACCAAGAAGCUACUGUACCAGUACGAGGCCAUGAUGCAGCUGAAGGAGCAGGAGAAGCUCUCCAGACAUCAGGCCUGGGAGUCGGAGCUGGAGGUGCUGGAGAUCCUGAAGCUUCUAGAGGAAGAGGAGGAGGCGCACACGCUGAAAAUCUCCAUCUACGACACGAAGCGCAAUGAGAAGAGCCGGGAGUACCGGGAGGCCAUGGAGCGCGUGAUGCACGAGGAGCACCUGCGGCAGGUGGAGGCCCAGCUGGACUACCUGGCCCCAUUCCUGGCACAGCUGCCGCCAGGAGAGAAGCUGACGCGCUGGCAGGCCAUUCGCCUCAAGGACGAGUGCCUCAUGGACUUCAAGCAGCGGCUCAUCGACAAGGCCAACCUUAUCCAGGCCCGUUUCGAGCAGGAGACGCAGGAGCUGCAGAAGAAACAGCAGUGGUACCAGGAGAACCAGGUGACCUUGACCACCGAGGACGAAGACUUGUACCUGAGUUACUGCUCUCAGGCCAUGUUCCGCAUCCGUAUCUUGGAACAGAGGCUCAAUCGACACAAGGAGCUGGCCCCGCUGAAGUACUUGGCUCUGGAGGAAAAGCUCUACAAGGACCCACGCCUGGUGGAGCACCUGAAAGUCUAUUCUUGAUGCCCCUCCUGCACCUCUGGCCCUUCGAUGCCCCUCCUGGGGCCUCAGCCUCAGCUGGCAGAGAGAGAAACCUCCCCCACAGCCCAGCCCGUGUUUCCUGCAACCAGCUAAUGACCUCGGAUUCAGGUGCCUGGCCUCACUGCCGCUCCACCUCCCUGCGGCCCCAUCUGUUCCUGCUUCUCAUGAUUUUUCUGUAAAUAAACACACUUGUGAUUUGCAAUUUAUACCUCACAAGCUCCAGCACCAGCCUUUCUCUCCUUCCCUUCUUUAUCUAUAGUCGGGGAUCAACUUCCUCUACCCACCUUGGCCACCUUCCUCCUUGACUUCCGUCCUUUCCAUGGGAAUGCUGAGCCUUUGCCAUACCUCCGCAGGUGGUCUCAAGAAUUAUGUAGCCUAAAAUGUCAAUAAUACUGAGGCUGAGACACCCCGCUUGGGCUCAGUGGAAACGAACAAACUACAACCACGUGAAUGAUAUGGUUGCAUUUCUCAGGGGGACUUCUGAGGAGCUGGUAAUAGUCUUCUUGACCUGAGUAUGUUCAGAUGGUGAAAAUUCACCGACCUCGUACCCUUACAGUGUAUGGGUGCCCAUAAGCCUCUGCAGUCGGCGUCCCCAAGUACAGUGUGAUGGGUGGACGCUGCCUCUUUCUCGCAGCGAGGGUGCAGGGCAGUGGAGAUUAAGGCCACCCCCAUCCACGGAUCACAAAUGAAGUCGGCGUUUCUCGGGUUCCCAGUCGGUCAGCGCUUUAAGGAAGCGGCCAUCCAUCCGCCGAAGACGUCCGCGGUGGAGGCAGCAAUCCCGGGCUCCACGCCUGACUCGGACCCAGAAUCAGGAAAUCUCAGUUUCUCUCCCGGUCUCCGGUGGGAGAUUCGAGCC